CUCUCAUGGAUAACCAAAACAACUUACUUUGAGCUUGAAAAAAAAAAGAGAAAUAAAAAACCUCCUUAUCUAUAUCCACUCAAACCAUCCCUCAUAGUCUCUCAGUGAGCAAGAAGCAAAAAAAAACCCAAAAACAAUGGCAACAUUUUCUCUCACAUCAACUCUUCCUUCUUCUUCACCAACUUCUCUACACUCCAUCCACAAAUUCAAACCUACUUCAACCCAAUUUCUUCCUUCUACCAUCACUUUCAAACCCAAGCCCAACCUUUCUCACCACCAGCCCAAUUACGGCCCACAUAUAAAGGCCCUAGCUUUGGACUUUUCGGGCUCAUUCUUUGAAGGUGGGUUUGCGGGUUUAGAUGAAGACCCACCUUCAACUCCACCAUCGGGCUUAGCGGUUGCGGAUGAGAAACCGGAGCCCCAAUGCCCACCGGGUCUCCGACAGUAUGAAACUAUGGCGGUUCUUAGACCUGAUAUGACCGAAGAUGAACGUCUCACUCUUACCCAAAAAUAUGAAGAGUUGCUUAUUGCUGGGGGAGCCAUGUAUGUAGAAGUCUUCAACAGAGGGGUGAUUCCACUUGCCUACAGCAUAAAAAAGAAGAACAAAGCAGGAGAAACCAACACUUACUUGGAUGGCAUCUAUCUCCUCUUCACCUAUUUCACUAAACCUGAAUCCAUUUCAAAUCUGGAGACCAUACUCCAAACCGACGACGAUGUCAUAAGGUCAUCAAGCUUCAAGAUUCGUAAGAGGAAAUACUGAAAGUAGUGUUUGCCAAGCAGUAGUCUCUUCUAGGUUCCUAUUUGAAAAGUUAAUGAGGAGAAGAAUUUUUAGAUUCCAUUUGAAUAUUUGCACAGUUUCUGUAGCAUAUCAUUUUUUGAAGUUCAACUUAUGUUCAAUGUGUAAGUCAUGUUUUAACUAUUUCUCUCUGUCUCAUUACUUACACCCUUGAAAUGACACAACUUUACCUUAAAUCGAAAAUCUUUUUUUCAAGUUGGUAUAA